AUGGGCUCUGGAUCCGCGUCCACUCAAUCUAGGCUCAUAGACUACCUUGUUGUUGUUGGCGUACGGAAACCGACCGUCGACUCAACUGAGACUCCGGUGCUUUUACGGCGUUUUCCACAAAAGGAUCAUAAAGACUUCGUUCUACCUGGAGACGUAGUUUUCUUUUGCCAACCGGAAGGAUGCAGUACUGUAGCGAAAAAGUUUUCUUUGCGCGAAGCGAACUCGUUCGCGUUUACGUUGACUGAGAAAGAUUCUGGUAAGGUUCGUUAUGGAAUUUGUGUUAAUGUGUUUCGACCUUGUUCGAACUUUAUUCCCAAGGAAAGAAACGAUUGCAGGGAAAGAAUUCUAACUGUGCGGAAGAGGUCUCGACACAGACGAGAUUUCUGCAUGAGUUUGACAUCCUUGUGCAUCAUAUCGCAUCAUCCAUUCUUUCCGACAUUCAGGGAGUGCCUAUUUUUCCUACGCAAGAUGAUCGACUCGAGGACGGGAAUUACCGGGAGAUUGGACAAAAACGACAACCUUCUUCCAGGCUUGAAUAGCUGGUCCGUGUUUACAUGUACCGAGGACCAGAAAACAAGCCAUUUGGCCGGCGAUAUGGAUGAAGUAGAAACGUGGAUUCAGCGAUUGUUGCUUGCACAAGCUCCCGUAUCAGGACGAACACGCGUGGAAGUUCAACUUCACUCUCCGUCUACCUACCCGCCAUUAAUUUUUGCUGCCCCUGAAUCGAACCGGUUUCCACUUAUAGAUUUUCCAAUUCAUAUUCCUUUGGAGCUUCUUGGUGUGGAGACAUGUCUGAAAGUUUUAACGUGUAUUUUACUGGAACACAAGGUAAGCUACAUGUAAUCUUAUGUAAGUCUCACUCGAUUGAAAACAAACAAGCUUCCACGAAAUGUCCUGCCGCACCAGCAGGUGUAUAGAGUAAUUUUCAUGUGAUUUUACAAUAUUUAAAUUCUGUUCUUUGCCAUCGUUUUUAUUUUUGGCAGUUUUUUUUACUUAAAUGGAGACCAAACUAAGAGAAAAUGAAUUUAAACUGGUUAACACGCGUUUUGUUAUUCCCUUGGGGUAGCUAAGUGUAAAGCUCAGAGCAAAGAAAGAUUUUGUAAACAAGAAGCGUGUUUCUUUGAACCGUCUGGGUUUUUUCGAAAGAAGCUUAUAUCCAUAUUGCAUAUCCACAACUGUUAUCGAUAUUUUCCCUUUUUUACGCGUUUCUUUUUGCGUGAAAAUGAUUUCAUUUACACCUGCCUUGUCUUGAAAGAUUGUAAUGAAUGUUUACAUUCGUUCGGGACCGCUGCAUUUGUUGACAUGGCAUAGCUAAGAAUAUAUUGAUCUUGCAGAAUUUUAAAUAUUAAAAUCCUGUAAGUUUAUUUUCUGCUGUUGAAUUAAACAUUGAAAGGCGGGUUAAAAGAAUUUUUAGCCGUGCAUAGCACAAAAAAAAUGCAGAUCUGCUAGGAAGUAAUAAGUACUUUCAGUAUUUAAUAAAUAUUGCAAGUGUGCUUUAUGUGCACUUUAAUGGCUUUUUUUAGAUGAUGACGAAGGAUAAAAUUUUUAUUUAUUUAUUUUUUAAAAAAUAAUGCUGUAAUCUGUUACAAUAAAAACCACCAUUUACUUGCUAGUGAAUACCAAAAAAUAAUGUGGGAAAACUGUAAUACCUUUUUUCUGAGUUUUGAAGACUUAAAGAUUGUGAUAUGAUGAUCUGUUGUAAGAUAAAAAUAAAUGGAUAAAAUUAAUAAUAAUUUUUCAGCCAAGGUGAUUUCUAAGAAAUAAAAUUCUCAAUCUUAAGGUUGAUAACAGCUUUUGAAACUUCCCAUAUGACUGUUUGGCGUACAAAAGAGUAAUACUGUUGUGCGGUACAAAGUUGUUUGAAUUUUGAUCACUUUUAAAAAGUAAAAUUGCAUGAAGGAAUCUAUUGCUUCCACUUCUGAGAUGCAACAUGCAAAGAAAGUAGUGUCCGAUAGCCCAGGGCUAGUGGAUUUUGCUAUCGGGUUAGUGAAUUCUGUUUUUAACUUGCCUAACGAGCAAGUGAUGUUUUUUGAGGAAUUCGAAUAACGGAACUGUGAAAAUCAAUUCUGCUAGUCAAAAAACUUUUGGGGCUAGUUGAACUCUCAAGUUGAGACACCAAGUUUACCUUUUCCAUCAUUAAUAAUACAGGGUAAAAUUUUGUCAGUAAAACUAAAGUCAGUGUUAUAAGCGACCCAAGUGAGCAACAUUUUUAUGACACAAAACUGCACUACUCCAAAAGACUUCAUGAAAGUCUGAAUUGACCCUGGUUGCUCUUAAAAUUAGCCUUCCAAACUCUUUUAACCAGGUUAGGUUUUGAAAAGCAUUUUAUCUAUGGGGCAAAUUUGCAGGGGUUAAUUCACUAACUAGGGGCAAACACACUACUGGGUGAAACCACUGCCUUCCAAACAAACCAUUGCAGAAGGUUUGCUAUGAAUCUCAACUUCCUUUAUGCAACUGACGAACUGAAAGGCAAUGAAACCUAUGGUGAAUGGUUGGUCUGUGUUAAUUUAAUGCAAGUACUAUAGUCUGCAUGGAAAUGGAUGGAUUAUCUUAAUUUAUUAUUGGGUAUCCUUUAAUUUUGUUACAGUAUGUCGAUGUUGUUAAGGGCCAGGUUGCAAGGGAUUUUGUAUGGCAAUUUGGUAGAAAAAUGUUACUAGCUACAAUAGCACAAGUUAAGAAAAAUAGUACCUUAUUUCCUUGCCUACAUGUACAUCAAAGUAAAAGUUACGGUCCUGGUACAAACAUGUGGUCGAAUGCAAAUUGGGAAUUGUCAAUUGAUGAAACUUAAACCCUAUUGGUGAAUUGUUUGGUGAUGGCUCAUAAUUUACAUGUAUAGACAUCAAAAGAAAUACAUAUUAUCUGUAAGGGUUAAAAGUAUUUCGUUAGCAUGUAAUCCAUACAGCAUGCAUGCUAAGCAUACCAAUAAAACAGGUGUCAUAUACAUGCACUGGUUUUAUUUAUUUUUUCCUACGAUUGUGGACACAGCAGCUACAGAUGGCGGAGUCUACUUCUCGUUAAAAUUACAAAUAAAACAGACUCUACUAGCAAGCGGAAAAAUGCAAGAUCAAGUUCUUAUAUCUUUUUAUAAUUCACUGAUCAAACCUCUGGUCUAGUAAUUGGGAAGUUAAGCUGCAGCAAUCGAGGACUUAUUGGGUCUUCUGUAAGAUUGUUGCAGUUUUAAUAGGCCAUUUUGCCACUCAAGUCACUCACGUGGUACAGAACCGCCAGCCAUGCUGAUGAGCAAAAGAUUCAAUGGGAUGAACAAGACAAACAAAGGAUAUUACCAUUUUCAAAUGAAGGAAGCCUUUUGUUUGUCAUCUCUCACUGUGUCCCUAAUGCACUCCAGCUUGGCAGUUUUAUACCAGGGCCGAUUUGUUCAAAGGUGGGUUUAAAUAAACCAGGGUUACUGCAAGAUUUGAAUUCAGAUUUGAAAGCUAAAAAAGCAUUUCAGUUUUAAUUAUUUUUGUCUACAAUAAGCUCUAAAAAUAGUGGAGAAAAUUAUCCAGGAAUUAAUGCUUUUGAACACAAGAAAAAGAAACACGGGUUAGAUUUAAAUGUCACCCCCGGUUAAGCGCUAAUUGGCCUUUGACCAGUUGGGCCCAGGUGAAGUAGCUGCAAAGCUAGGGCCUAUGGUGCAUGUGCAUGUAGUUAAUGCUCAUUUUGUCUUUCUCAGGUUGUUGUUCAGUCAAGAGACUAUAAUGCAUUAACUAUGAGUGUGAUUGCUCUGACGUCUCUCUUGUACCCUCUGGAGUACAUGUUUCCUGUGAUUCCCUUGCUGCCAACAUGCAUGAAUAGUGCUGAGCAGCUGUUGUUGGCUCCCACACCAUUUGUGAUUGGUGUUCCUGCGAGUUUCUUUCGAUACAAAGCUGAAGGAUUUCAAGUACCAGCUGAUGUUUGGGUUGUGGAUCUGGAUUCUAACAAGGUAGGCAACUCAUAACAAUUAAGCUUUUAAAGGGGCUACAUCAUGAUAUGUAAGUAUCUAUUAACCAACUGCCUGGCUUAACCCUUUAGGUCCCAAGAGUGUCCAACAUCAAUUUUCUCCUAACAACAUCAGCAGAUCAUCAAGAGUAAAGGCUAUGUGAAUUACUAAAUUGAUUAACAAAGGAAGAACACUUUAGUCUGAAACCAAAUUCUCUCAACUGCCCUUAAAAGAAAUGUAUGGAGAUCAGUAUGGAGAAUUUGUAUGUGAAUCUUUGGGCUUAAAGGGUUAAGUGGAAGGUUGGUGCCUGGGAUACCCCUGGAGGGGCUUCCACUGUAGCCAGUUAACUUGGAGGGAAAUUUACAUCUCAAAAUCGAUUGGGCUAACUUGUAGUAGGAAGGAAAUUUGUGUCAGUAAUUUGCGUGAAGUUUUUACUUUCUGAACUUGCCAUGAGGAUCGACGUAGAUCUUUUUGAGACUCAACCCUUCAAACUUAAAACACAUAAAGUACAGAACUCUGUUCACACGAAAAAAUGAAUUGUAGCAAAAUUCCGGUAAAAGAAACCCAAGCCAAGAGUGAAGAGUGAACUAUGCAAACAGCAAUUAACUGUAACACUUUUUGACUGCAAUGUUUUUGGCACACAUAAUAUUUCUUUGGCAAAUAGAAACAAUUACAGGUUACCGUACUGUUUUUGCUUUGUUUGUUUGUUUUUUGUAUUUAAGGACAAUUUCCAAGUAUAAGCCCUCAGGAGCUUAUACCAUAUUUAUUCGAUUAACUGCACUGGGCAGUUAUUAAAUUUUUGGACCUUGAGAGUGGGCGCUUUUUUGAGCUGGGCGCUUAUUGAAUUUUCACCAUUUUCAGCAAGUGUAGUAUGUUUCUUUUGCAACAAAACAAUAAAUGGUAAUAACGAAACGUGCAUGUGUAACAAAACAAGGUUUCUGUAAAAUACUCUGAAGAAAACCUGGUCUUUGUGGAAGUCUCUUAUUGGGUGGAAGAAGGUGGGUGGGCGCUUUUUUGAGUUUGAGUGGGACGGGGAGGGGAGGUGGGGUGGGUGCUUAUUCGAGGUGGGCACUAAUUUGAGGUUGGGCGCUUAUUCAAAUAAAUAUGGUAUUCUGAGUGGCGAUUUAACGGACCAAGGUGUUUUGGCGUUAAAAGUUUGGGGGGCUUAUUUUUGGAGGGGCUUAUACAUGGAGAGGGUAAUUUUCAGAGUUUUUUGGCCAUUAGGUCUGAAAAUGAGGGAAUGAUGUUUCAAAGAACUUAGCUCCUAAAUUUCCCAGCAAGGGUGGGGCCAUGUCCCUCACCCCACUACCCCCUCUCCCCCCCCCUCCCAGGAAAGGGCACCUCUGGUGCAUAUUUUUUGCCUUACUGGCCGUGAAUGGUGCUUACCUGCUGAGCUAGAAUUUGGGGAGAAUGCCGAAAAAUCAUGAUUAUUAAGAAAAUUUCUAAGGUUCGUGCUCUGUGAUUAAAUUUGUUUUUUUAUCUACUUCAUAACUCUACAGGAUCAUUUUGUGUAUGGGUAUGACCUCAGUGCAGAAUGGACUGAAAACAGUAAUAUCAUCGUAACAUAGCCCCUAAUUAAAGAUUGUGUCAAGACUAGUUUAUCAUGCAUCUUAUUAAGGCUACAUGCUGCUUUAAAUCCAUAAUGCUUACAUAUAAUUUACAUAGUAAAUGGUCCAUCUAAUAUCAAUGUUAUUGAACAAUCAAUAACUGUCACUUAAUUUUAAUGCAGCACAGGAUGUUAAUUUUGUAAAAAUCAUUAUUGAUGCUCUUUGUCAGAUUACAGUUCCACUGACGGCAGAUGAGCUGCCUCCAUUACCUCAACGGGAAGGAGCAAUACUGAUCAGGAACUUGAAAAUGGUUAGUUUUGUUUUUAUACAUGUACUUCUAGAAAGGUUUGACUUUUUUUCUGCAAUCACUUGUUGCACAAUAUUCGUAUCUGGAAGCUUAUCUUUAAGCUACAUGUUUAUUCAGGGCUUCUGAUAUUUCGCGCGGUCACGUACCCGCAAAAUUCAGGUAUUUCCGUGAAAUCCCGCUAAAUUCCCAAAAAAACACGAAAUACCUCAAAAUCCGCCAGAAAUAUUUCCAAAUACAUGUUGGCAAAACAUAUUUAAUACUUAUCUUGGCUGUUAGACCUGUUUUAUUCACCCCAAACAUCCAAAUUUAUCUUGAAACCUCAUCACUGCAAUGAGUAAACAACGUCCCAAAACUACCAGGUGUUUUUAGAUGAACAUUGCGAAAAACUGGGCACUAACCAUAAUGUCAAUAGCUUUAGCAUUCGCGCAUUCCUCAAGUGAACUGUUGUUGAAAGAGCAAAUGAUUAUCCCUGUUAAAAAAACGUUAAACAACGCUGGUCAUAUCAACGCAAAAUUGAUCAAUUUUAGCGAAAUUUGCUAAAAAAAAAAACAGCGAAAUUGGCAGUUUUUUACUGAUUGUUUCUUGGUGAAGUUUACCCCCCAAAUUUCCCAUGAAAUCGGCCGAUUUUUUCUGCGAAUUUGCCCCUGAAAAUUUUUUUCUCCACGAAAUAUCAGAAGCCCUUUUUAUUGUAAUUUUAACUAAAGUUUUACUGUUUUUUUCUGAUUCCAGGCUCUUCAAGCUCUCAGCAUGCCACCUCAAACUGUGACAAAUCUUGAUGAUUCAACCCCGCUAGAUGACCUUGAACCCUUGACCCCUGGUGAUACAAAUGGCUUGUCUGGGUCGCUUGUAUAUGGCAAUGAUGUAGAUGCAGUAGACAUUGCAGUUAGAGUGGCAAUGGUCAAAUUCUUUUCCUCGCCAAACGUUCUUGGAGGUAUUAAGGAACACACAAGGACACUGAGACUCUUUUCUCGCCCUGUGGUAGCAAUUCAGACAGGUCAUUUCCUAAGAUCAAGGCCAGAGCUGUCAGAGUUUGUUCUAAGGCUUUCAGAGACUCAGGUGAUCAUGAAUUUUAGUAAUUUUUUUUUCCAUUGAUGUUCUUUUUUUUCCAGGGAAACUUUGCUUAUGUCAAUAAAUUAUUGGAAUGGACCUGUGUAAUAACAGUAUAAGGGUAGCAGGAAUGUAAUCCCCCAACCUCCCAUUUAGGACCCAGGUGAACAGAUCCGUUUACAUGCCUUAUUAUUGGAAUCUAUUAUGGUUAUUAUGGUUAUCUAUUAUGAUUAUGGAUGUUUUAUCUAUUAUAGGUUCCUCUAAGGUCUAGUUAUGAUUUUUAAGAGCUGCAGGCCAGAGGAGAUUUCUCCCAGCUACUACAUUACAGAAACGCGCCCAUUCAAAAACGUCGAUCGUGAAAAUGCAAAUAAGUGAAAAAUGACGUUAAUUUAGUGUCAAUCAAGAAAUUCCCUGGGUAUAUCCCUUUCCUGGUUAUUGUUCCUGCUCAGACAGCCGCAACAUUUGCCUAUUCUUCGAUGAAGAAUCGAACUUCACGCGACUAACAAUAGCUCAGUCUGUUUAAAAACUGUCUAAACUUACUCCGAAUUAGCAUGUGACUUUUUGCUGUUAAACGCUUCAAAAUUGAAAAAUCCUCGAUGAUUGUUGUUGAUUGUGCCGUAAAUAAUUCAAUGCACUUACUUAAAACGAAUUUUUACCUUUUAAAAACUUCAUGGCGUUCGAAUCGAUCGAUGAAAUAUGAUCGCAACCGAUGCGUUAAUAGUUUGUUUACAUUUUGUCGCAGGUUUUGGAUAAUAUUAUAAACCUUAAAAUUUACGGGCAAAUUCGAUGAAAAAGCACUCUCACUUACAUUCUUCAUUUAAGAUAUUGAUUUUAGCAAAGUAUAAGGCAAAAUUAAGAGCGAUACUUUCUUUAAGAAUGCUAUAACUACAUAUUAAUGGCCAAACCUAGACAGCGAUCUAAUCCGUCUCUUGAAAACAACUACAAUACCGCUUCUGAUAAUAGUAUUUAUAAACGCUGCAAACAUUUUUAUUCAAUCUUAUCGAGUGAUUUUUGUGAAGAGGAGUUUUUAAGUGAAGAAUACUUUGGUUUCUGAUUAGCUUAAACUGUUUUGCCAUCGAAACAAUUCGCACGAGACUACCGAAUUUGCGAGGGUUUUAUGUUAGUGCACGAGGUAGAAAAAUGCUUCUCUUUGCAUAAACAUUUUCUUCUUUGUAACUAUGACAAAGACAUUCCAACACUUAAAACAAUGGCAACCUACUUCUAUUGUUUCUGCAUUGUCUCUUGAAAGUGUGAGAAUAGUUGACCGCUAUGAAGUUCAUAAGAGACCGAAAACGACGGUAGUCUUUGAAACCUCGUUUUUGCUCUCAAAGCCUAAUGGGUACCCCACUUUUCACGGGCGACGUUUUUCAAUGGGCACAUUUCUGUAAUGAUGAGCAAUUGACCGUCAGCUACUUUCAAAGGAAUAAAAAGAGGAAGAUAAAUUAUGCCAAAACUAUUUCUCAAGGCUUCAAUUCCCUGCCUUCUAAUUGGGUUACAUGGAAACUUUAAAUUAAUCUUAGUGACAAUCCUGUGAGGUUAAUUCACUGACCUUCUUAAUCACACUACCCAUGAAUAUUGUGCUUAACAAUAAAAUCAAUCAUUUGUUUACCUGAUCGAGGGCGUAUAUAAUACUGCAGCUGUAAUAUGCACAAAAACUACAUUAAACCCAUCAACAAGAUGAACUUGGGAGUGGGUGCCUUAAAGGUGGAAAGGCCUAUAGUGCAAAAGGAGAGCAUUGCCUUGGAGGUAACCAUGGCAACCAAGUAAACGCCAAUUACCCGGCAGCAUGACACUGAAAAGAAUUCAGUGGAAUACUUACAAAACCUGUACUUUAAUACCUAUCCAAGGGUGGGAGGAUUGGGAGCAAAAACUAGCAGAUAUCACAGGUCAUGACUUGCAAUGAUCUGCACAACAAAGGAAAGCAAAGCAGAGCUCAGAUAUGCAAUCACAUGUAAGCCCCUGCAGUCCCGGUGACCACCCUGCACAAGCCUGGAUUCCUGGGGCUCAACUGCUGACCCUCUAGUGUUGUCUUGAGGUUAACCUUGCCUAAAUUACAAUUUAGCCUCAUCAAAAGAAUUACAUAGAUUGUAUACAGUUGUAAAUAAUAAUGUACAGGAAUGAUUACCAUAAUGAUUUUUUGUUGGUGUUUUAGUCACUAGAAUAUUAUGGAGAGUGGUUGAUCUACCCAUCCAACACAGUUUUUACCAAGAUCCUUAAAGGUAAAUUAUUAUAAGUUGUUGUUUUGUUUAAUUCUUCAGGCAAUUGUAAAAAAAGGUAAGAGUAUACAAUCUGCAGUGAUUUUGCUACAAAAAGGUAUGGUGAGUUCUGGGACUGCUGAGGAAAAAUCAGGAGUCCCAGUCCAGAACCAAGGAGUCCCAGUUCAAAAAACAAUGACUCCUAAAUUCAGGGCUUCUAGCUGAUCUUUCACAUGGUUGCGGAGCUGUGAAAUUCAGGUAAAUCCGCGAAAUCCUGCAAAAUUCACAAAAACACAAAAAAUACGGCAAAAUUCAGUAGAAAUCAUAUCAAAUACAUGUCUGUACAACAUAUUUGAAACUUAUUUCAGCGAUUGGGGCUAUUUACUUGCCGUAAACUUUCAAAUAAAUUUAUGUUAGAACUUCGUCACUAAAACAUGCAAACAACAUCCUGAAACUACCAGGCGUAGAUUAUGUUGCGAAAAACUGGGCACUAGCCAUGAUGUUUUAAAAGGCUUCACCAUUGGUUCAUUUCUGGAGCGUAUUGUUGUUGAAAGAGCAAAUGAUGACCUCUGUUUGAAAAACGUUAAAAACGCUGGUCUGAUCAGUGCAAAACUGAUUGAUUUCUAGCUAAAUUUGCCUUGAAAAUAACCACAAAAUCGGUCGUUUCCUACCGAUUGCUUUUUGAUGAAGUUUGCCCCGAAAACUCCUGCAAAAUUACUGCGAAAUCGGCCGAUUUUUCCGCAAAUUUGUCCCUAAAAACCCCACGAAAUUUGACUUUUUCUUCCACGACCUAUCAGAAGCCCUGUAAAUUGAAAAUGCUUGGGCCUUUAUGUAAUUCAGACAGAUAAUCUGAGGACAGACUCUGUAUUAAUUAGCGUACAGUAUACUGAAAUUAAUUUAGAGUCCUUAUAUUUUAAAGCACAACAAAGACUUAUAAAAUAAAUAUGCUUAGUUUAACAACAGUUGUAUUAACUGCCACAGAAAUCACACAAACAGGAUAUUAUUAUUCCUGGAUCGAUCAACCAAUUUUGCAUCCUAUGGGAUGCAUGCCAUGAUUUAUUUUGCAUCUUUGGGGAUUUUUAUGCAUCAGGGAAGCAGGAUGCAGAGGUUAAAAAAUCACUGGUCUCCCACAAAAAAUAUUACAGUACUAUUUCAAUGUUUUAGUUACUUUUACAUAACAUUCCUGACUUCUACAAGACAUAUUAGUUUUUUUUAUCUGUCAGCAAAAAUUAUGUAUGCAGGCCAUUUUUUCAAGUAAUAUUAACAGAAGCUCUCUUUGGCAAGUUUAGAUUUGGUUUCCAAAAGUAUUUCUUGCUUCUUCAAGUUUCCUGUAAUAUCAGUACCUUAGCACAUUGUACAAAAAGCAACUUUUUUUCUUCAAGGCAUUCAUGACCCACAAAUUAUUGGAGACAAGGCCAAAUGGUUUGCAGGGGACUUGGAACCUGUUGUCUACCAAGUUUUUGAUUCACAAUCAAAGAUUUGCAGAGAACCUUGGAUUGAUGUUGAC